AUAUUCUUAAUUUUGGCGUAUUCUUAAUUUCGGUUCAAGAGGGAAACGUUUAGAAAUGGCUUUAAGAACAAGGCAAGACGACGAAUCACCCGUUUUUGCUAAAAGUAGAGUUAGCUAUACGCCUCCUUCUUCAAUCACUCAUUUCUGUUGUGCUAAUUCCUAUUUAAUCAUUGCAUUGGAUACAAAAGUUUUACUUUGUAAAAACUUGGAUUAUCAACAAGACAAUUUUGAUGAAAUUCCUUUCGGUCGUCCUGAUGAUAAGUUGACGUCUCUCCUUUUGGAUCCAUCUGGAUAUCAUACAAUAUUAUGUAUGGAGUCUGGAGAAAGUUUCUAUUUAAAUAGAGGGUCCAAAAAAAUACACAUUUUGUCUCGCCUAAAAGAUUAUGUCAUUACGGCAGUUGGGUGGAAUAUACGAGCUUCGUCAGAAUCGUCAACAGGUGAAAUAUUAAUUGGAACGAGUAAUGGUUUACUCUUGGAAACUCAAAUAAUGGCUGGAGAUGAAGGUAUAAGGGUAAAGCCCAAAAGAGAACAAUACUUGAAACAAGUCUGGUCAAUCGUUCCUGAUGAAGUACAAAAACAAACUGAAAUUACAAAUAUAAAGAUUGAAAGAAUUCCUUCUGAAACAACUAGUGAUUAUAGAUAUUUUUUCCUUGUAACAACAAAAACACAAUUCUACCAGUUUGUAUCAUCGAUACCUGCUUCAACUGAAGCCCCAAUCUUUCAACACGUAUUUUCAGCAUACAAAGAUGUUCCAAAGGGAUCAAUUAAUUUACAAGGAGAAUGUGAAAGAAGCAAAUUAGACCUAUUUCGACCAGAUUUGAGAUCAGUUUCGACUAAAUUUUCAUGGAUGUGUGGUGCUGGUAUUUAUUGUGGCAAAAUAGAUACAACAGGUCUAAUGAGGCCGGAUAUUGUUGCUAUUGAUUCUGAACUGAUACCUUAUCCAAGAAAAUGCCCUAAUUUUCCUAUUGAUAUUAUAAUGACAGAGUUCCAUACAGUGCUUAUUUAUUCUAAUAGUCUACGUGCUAUAAAUAUUCUUGACGAGAAAAUUGUUCAUGAAGAUAGUUUCCAAGAAAAAUUUGGAAACGUACUAGGAGCUUGGAAAGAUGAAGCUAAAAAGAUAAUCUAUGUGUAUGCUGAAAAAGCAAUUUAUAAAUAUAAAAUUGACAGAGAGGAAAGAAAUGUUUGGAGAUGUUACUUGGAUAAAAGAGCGUACGGAUUAGCUAAACAACACGCAAAAGAUAACCCUAAGCAUUUGGAUCUUGUUUUAACGAAAGAAGCAGAAUAUCAUUUUAUGAAUAGAGACUAUUCAAAGAGCGCUAAACUAUAUGCUCAAACUUCGGCAUCGUUUGAAGAAGUAGCGCUCCGUUUCAUUGGUCUGGAACAAACCGAACCACUUCAAGUAUAUUUAAGAAAAAAACUUAAAAGCCUUUCUCCUAAUGAUAAAACUCAGAGUGCUUUGAUAACUACAUGGCUAGUAGAAAUAUAUCUGGAUGAAUUAGGAAAAUUAAGGGAAAAAAUCCUGGAUCCUAAUGAUCCGGAGUAUUUACAAUUGCAAUCAGUUUUUAGGAAUUUCAUAAAUGACUCAGUUGUUAAAGAUUGCGUAUACUCUCAUAGAGAUAUUGUAUACAAUUUAAUAGCCAGCCACGGUGCUGAAGAUGAUAUGAUGUUCUUUGCUGUCCUAAUGAAAGAUUAUGAGAAAGUUAUUUCUCAUUAUGUUCAAUCAGAGGAUUAUCCAAAAGCCUUAGAAUAUCUAAUUAAACACAGUGAUUUAAACGAGGACGCUUCUCUUUUCUACAAGUUUUCACCAUUACUUAUGCAACAUUUACCUAAAGAAACCGUUAAUGCAUGGAUUUCUCAGAAGAGAGCAUUAGAUCCAUCUCGUCUUAUUCCUGCUCUUGUUAGAUACGAUCGUUCAAUUGAACAAAAUAUCGGAGACUCGGAGAAUGAAGCAAUAAGAUAUGUGGAAUAUUGUACAAAAGAAUUAAGGAACAAAGAGAAAGCUAUCCAUAAUUACUUAAUAUCUUUGUAUGCUAAAUUAAAACCGAAUGACUUAAUCACUUAUUUGGAAUUGCAAGGAGAAGAUGAAGAUUCAGUGUGCUACGACGUAAAAUACGCUUUAAGAGUUUGUAGUGAUUUGCAUUUAGAAAGAGCUUGUAUACACAUUUAUUCCACAAUGAAAUUGUAUGAAGAAGCUGUAAAAUUAGCUUUAAAAGUUGAUGUGGAUUUGGCAAAGAAAAACGCAUCGAAAGCUAAAGACGAAGAGACUAAAAAGAAACUAUGGCUGCUCAUUGCCAAACAUGUUGUUCAAACUGAGAAAGAUGUUGAAAAAACAAUGAAAUUAUUGGAAGGAUGCGAUUUGAUUAAUAUUGAAGACGUUUUACCAUUCUUCCCUGAUUUUGUUACAAUAGACCACUUUAAGGAUGCUAUCUGUUCAUCUCUGGAACAAUAUAAUGAGCAUAUUAACAAUUUGAAACAAGAGAUGCAACAAGCCACAGAUAGUUCAAAAGAGAUCAGAGCACAAAUGCAAGCAUUAAGAAACAAAUAUGCUUGUAUAUCAGCCUCCGACAAAUGUCACAGCUGCUCACAAAGCCUUUUAACAAGACCUUUCCAUGUUUUUCCCUGCUCCCAUCGCUUCCAUACAGAUUGUCUAGUCAUUUGUCUCUUGCCUUGCCUAUCAUCAAAUGAAAGAGAGAAGCUAGAGACUCUGAGGAGAAAGUUGGACGCUGCCACAGCCCCUAAUGGCCGUCACUUUCAAAGAUCUGUGUCAAAAAUAGGUGGAAUUCAGAAUGAAAUUGAUGAUAUAAUAGCUAGAGACUGCUUUCUUUGUGGCUCUGUUAUGAUCGAAGCGAUUGAUAAGCCUUUCAUCGACGAAAAUCGUUUUCAAGAGGAGAUGGAAAGUUGGAUGUAA